UGAAAAGGAAAAUCAAACGGUCCACUUCACUCCUUUCGCUUUUCCCUCUCACUCUCACCUACCCUCGCACUCCCGCUUCUUCCUCUCUCGCAGCGAAGCUCACAGUGGUAGGCAACUUAGGCAUUGAUAACUGAUAUUUACAUAUACAGCGUCUUACGUCUCGUUCAUGAGAAGUAGGCACUAGGGGUGUGAGUUUUUUUUUUUUUGUUAAAGCUCCUGGAUUUUGUUUGAUGGCUGAAACCCUAGACAUCGGACACGGUUCUAUCAAUUCCUGUCCCUCCGAGCAGAAUAACAGCGUCAGAGCGGAGAUCGACACAUCUGCGCCUUUUGAGUCUGUUAAGGAGGCCGUGAGUCGAUUCGGCGGAGUCGGUUACUGGAAACCCUUUCAGCAUAAGACCCCUGAACCUGAGCCGCGUGAUGUGGAAGAGGUUGAAAUUGCAAAAUUGGAGGAGCAAGCAGCCCAACUGGAGAAGGAUCUGAUUGCGAAAGAAAGGGAAACACUAGAGGUGUUAAAGGAGCUAGAGACAACCAAAACAACUGUGGAAGAACUAAAGCAAAAGCUCCAGAAAGAAACUUCUGAACUCAAUCUGAUCCUUGACACGAGUACUCAUCCUCUAGACAAGGAAGCCGAAAAAGAAAACAACUGGGAUGGCGGUGACCCUAACUUGCUGGAAGGCUGCUGCCCCUCGUCAGCUCCAGGUUUAAUUCUAAUGGAGCUGAAGCAGGCUAAGGUGAACCUUUCCAGGACUACUGAUAAUCUUUCUGGCAUACGUGCAUCUGUUGAAGUGCUUAAUAAGAAAUUAGAAAAGGAAAAAAUUUCACUUGAAAAGACCCGUGAGAGGGUAACAUUAAAUUCUUUUAAGAUAUCUUCUCUUGAGGAAGAGCUGAACCAAACAACACUGAAGUUGCAACUUGCAAAGGAGACCGAGGGUAGAGCUGGUUCUGAUAAUCCUUCAGAUAUCGCCAAAGAGCUCCAAAGAUUGAGAUCUGAAGCUGAGCAAUUCAAGAAAAUGGAAGAAAUGGCUAGAUCAGAAGUUUUCAGGGCAAUAUCUGAAAUUGAAGAGACAAAAAGUAAGAUAAAAACAGCUGAGAUCAAGGUGGUUGCGGCCUGUAAAAUGAAGGAAGCGGCAAGAGCAGCAGAAGCUAUUGCUCUUGCAGAAAUCAAGGCUCUAUCAAACAGCAGGAACUCAUCAGGAGUUGUCUCGCAAAAGCCCGAAAUAGUAACCCUUUCUGUCGAAGAGUAUUCUUCCCUGACCUCCAAGGCUCUAGAUGCUGAGGAACAUUGUAAGAAAAGAGUAGUGAAUGCUAUGCUAGAAGUUGAUGAAGCAAAUGUUUCAAAGAUGGAAAUCUUAAGGAAGGUAGAAGAAGCUAUGGAAGAAGUUAAAACCAGUAAGAAGGCCCUGGAAGAAGCUCUGAACAGAGUAGAAGCUGCAAAUAACUCAAAACUGGAAGUAGAAGAGGCUCUUCGCAAAUGGAGAUCUGAGCAUGGGCAGAAAAGACGAUCUGUGCAUAACACUACCAAGUUCAAGAAUUCUUAUCCAUCUCAACGCCGGGGAGAUUCUCGUUUACGUGAUGUCAAUGGACUGGACAUGGUCAGAGAUGGGUCAACACCGAGUUUGAAGGCAACGUUAUCAAUCGGACAGAUACUCAGCCGGAAGUUGCUUCACCCGGAUGAAGCUGAGAUGGAGAUUAUGGCAGCAAAAGGAACUGUGAGGCGGAAGGUCUCAUUAGGACAAAUGCUUGGUAAGCAAAAUGGCGAUGCGAUGUACUGUAGGAAGGCUGAUAAGGAAAAUGGUGAGCAAUUUAGUGGAAAAAGAAAGAAGUUUGGAUUUGCUCGUUUCUCACUGCUUUUGACCAAGCAAAAUAAGAAAAAGAAGAAAACAACUCUAAACCUGAGGUAACAACUUUUGAGUCAUCUUGGUAAGGCACUAACUUCUGUAACUUAUGAUCUCUAUUUGUUUACCUUGUUGUCUGUCUAUUUGGCUUUGUGCUUAUUUAGUGAAUUUCUGUUGUGUAAAGAUGCGAUAUAAGUAUUUAUAUUCCUUGUGUAGUGGGGAAAUUUCCUUACAUACUUAAAAGAGUCUAUCUACAGUUGUUGUUA